CCUGCUAAUGGCCGUACACGACAAACAUCACGCCUGGGUCGCCGAAGCCGCCUUCUCGGAGGCAAGAAUCCGUGAAAUGGAAAACGAAUUGGAGCACCACGUCUUCGUGGCCACGACGUCCAUGGCGUGGUCUCACUGGUGCAUCGCGCUGCAGAAAGGAAGUCCUCUACGACACGUCUUCAACGCCAGGAUCGGCUGGAUGUGGUCCACGGGAAUUCUCAGGCACAUCAAGAGCCACUACUUUGAGCAGGAGGCACACCCCGUUUACAACACUGUCAGCCCGGUGAAGCUGUGCAACACCAAGGCCUGCUUCUGGAUCUGGUUCUUGGGACUGCUGGUGGCCAGCACCGCCUGCGCCGUCGAGGUAGUCUGGGGACGCAGGAGGAAACGCCGCCUCGUACGCACCUCCGAGUCCAAGAGGAUCGCCAGAAUACGAGCCAGGUGGCGCGUUCCGAGAAUAAUUUUUGUCAAGGGAAAGAAUGUCUAGUGAUAGAACACACCAACCUGGAUCGUCUAUUAGAAUGCCUGAAAACCAUCCUGGAUCAUCAUACAAAACAG